AUGUCAAAUCAUCAACCGUUAAGAGGUAAUAGAAGCAAAGUAUCUAAAACACCACCUUCAUUUUAUAAUGAAGAAAUUUCAAUCAACGACAUAGAAGAAAGAUCUCCAAAUAAGUCAACAGCAAAAAAAUUGCAGAAUCGUCCACAAAGUGCUAAGCCUACUAAAUCUAAAAAUUUAAAAAGCACAAAUCAAAAGGUGAAAAGAUCAUCUUCGGUAAAAAGGCAGCCCCCAAAAGCACGAACUCCUGCUAAGCCUUAUUAUGACAGCGAUAUGGGUAUUUUGACUAAGCUUAAGCCUGGAAAAAUUGCGAUGGAUAAAGAAAGAUUGUACGAAGAAAACAUGGCAUUAAAAUUGCAACUUAAUUUUUCUAGCGAAGAACUUAUCAAGUUUAAAACAAAAAUAACUCAAUUGGAAAAAGAAAUAUGCAGGAAAAAAGAUUAUUUUGCAGAGGAUCUGAGGAACGUUGAUAAAUAUAUUCCCCAAAAUCUAAAGCAUGUACAUCUUGUCUCAAAUUUAAGGCAAACUGUAAAAGACCAAAAAAAAGAACUAAUCAAAAAAGAAAACGAAAUUUUAGCCCUUAAAAAGAGUACAAAAUGUACUAAGACCUCAGAGUUAGAAAUUGAAAUCCAAGCUUAUAUUGAUGAGUGUACAAGACUAGUCCCUCCUUAACUUUGAGUAUAAUAUCGGUAAAUCUUUAAUUUUUAGGUAAGUUAAGCCUUUAGAAUUAAUUUUUAUAGGUUAGAAUGGCAGUUUUUAUCUGAUCCGAUUUAAUGGAUGCAGUGCAAAGAGAAUGGUAUUUAAACAUUUGCACUCUGAAUCAAUAAAUGCUAUCAAUCAACUUUUCAUAAAAUAUUAAAAAUGUUGAAAAUUUUAUUAGGAAUUUUAUAAUUAUUUCCAAAAAAAUCUAACCCUUUUAUUUUUUGUUCCAAUUUAAAGGGAGAGUAAGGCAUCACGGCUCCAUAUCAUUUUCCUAGUGUGGCAUUUACUUGGGUAUUUUUGAUCGAAAUUUAAGAUAUUUAUAGAUUUUUACUUUUUUCUGACUCCCCCCCUCCGUGCGCUAACAAAAUCAUUAGAAAAAUCCCUAUCUUUUGUCCAAAAAAACCCACAUAAAAAUUGUUAUGAAAAAAAUUUGAUAUAUAAGUGAUAACUAUUAUAAUGAAAUCCCUAGCUAAUUCUGUUUAACUUUAAGCAGCUUGAAUUUUAGUAUAAUUUUUGCAAAUUAAAUAAAUAUUUGCUUUCCAAUUUUUACGAAUUAGGAUUUUUUUUAAAUUUUGAAAAAAAAAUUUACUAUAAAAUUUAGAUUAAAUUUUUUUAAAACAAAAUUAGCCCCUUAUAGGCGAACAAAAAUUUUUUUGUGGAUAGCAAUUGCCUCAUGAAGAAAAAUUUAAAUAGAAAGCCCGAGGGAAAAAAAAAUCAUAUCAAAUGGCUGGCAAGAGGCAUCAUUUAGAAGAGGUUAUAAGAGAGCGAGAAACUUCUCAAGGAACUUCAGAGGAUCAUCAUGCUAUAUUGAAAAAUCUCAAAAAAGAAAACCAAGAUUUAAGCCUACUAAUGGGCCAAAUAAAAACUGAAGCUCUGCAUUGGAAAGAGAGAGCAGAAAAGCUAGAAAAGUUAAAGAAAAAAAGUGCUAAUAGUAGAGAUGAGCCCGAAGCACUUGCUACUGAAAAUAUCCAUUUAAAAUCGCAGCUUGAAAGUUCAGUCCAAUCAUCUGCAAAAAAAGAUAUAGAGUUUAAAUUAUCAUUAGAGCAAGCACUAAAAGAUGCAAACGAGGCUAAAAAUAAGCUAAAUAUUGCUGAACAAAUCAUUAAAGAACAAAAUAAAAUUAUUGAAAAAUUGCAGGCAGAACAAAAAAAGAGCCAAGGCUUGCCAAUUAUACCGCAUAAUAUAUUAGACAACCCAAACAAGCUCUUGGUAUCUUUCCAUAAAAUUUUAACAAAACGGAAAAUCGACAUUGACACAUUGCUUUCUCAAUUUGAUAAAAAUAAAAAAGGUAAUUUAGAACUUGAUGAAAUAGUAAAAGGUUGCAAAGCAUAUGGAGAAGAAAUUAGCAGCGCGCAUGUGAAAGAAGCUAUUCAUGAGUUUACUGAUAAACCACUUACAAUAAUUUCAUUACAUAAACUAAGGACCCAAUAUGAAAGAUAUGUAUAUAGAGAUAUUUAUCUCUCCUCGAGCGAGGAUGAAUAUAAUUAUAGCGAAGAAAAAAAGACUGCGAUUCAAAGCCCUCCUUUACUUCCUAAAGAAACCCAAAUUACUCCUCCAAAAGGAAAGCAAGACUUAUCACCGCUUAAAACCACUGAAAAGAAGCCUGCUGAAAAUCAAAUUCCUACUGUAAAACUAUCACAAGUUUCUGAUAUGAUGAAGCAUGUAUCAUAUAGAAUGCAGCUUCAUAGACUUCCAAAACACAAACUUUCGUCAGCUUUAUUUGAUGAGAAACAAAAAAAUGAUAAGCCGAUCUCAUAUCAAGAACUUGCUUUAUUAUUUACCAAAAAACCUUUCAGUAUUGAGGAAAAAUCCGAAUCAAUUACAUUAGCAAAAUUUUUAAUAGAACCUGAUGGUAUAGAAAGUAUUCCAGAAAGCCAAUACAAGCAACUAAAAAGCACCCCUAAGCAGAUUAUUGCAAAGUUUAUGAAAUUUUUAGACGAUUGAGAAUUAUUUACAUUAGAAGAUCAAGAAGAAUUUGAUAAGGAAAUUGCAAUGCUGGUUAGUAGCACUUAUGGCCAUUUAAAUGAAUUAUGCAUUAAAUGCGAUAAAAAUAAAGCUGGCAUGAUAAAAAUAAAUGAGUUCAAAAAUGCUCUAAAAGAGCUUGGUGCUGAGAUCCCAAAAGAAGUUUUUAAUUAUAUGCAGCUGCUCUUUUAUUCACAUAAUAAUGAAUUAGACUCAGUCCCGUACAAGCAAUUUUUAAAUGCCUAUAUUUCUCAAAAUGAAGAUGGAGAGCAUUCAGAUUAUUCUGAUGAAGAGCAAGCCAAAAUUGUGCGACAAUAUCUUGCUAUCAUAGCCCAAAAUUUGAAUAAAUUAAAAAAAAGCGUCAGGACUGUCUUUAUUGCUGACAAAAAAGGCCGAAUAACCCCAGAUCAGUUUGUGUCAGCGUUGCAAUAUUUAGAGAUGGGCGAUAUUGAGAAAGAGCAUUUAAUUUUAAUGAUUGAAGCUCUUCAGUUUGAUGAAGAUCAAAAAGAUGUCUUUAUUAAUAUUGACGAGCUUGAAGAAAUUUUGACACAUUAUGGAGUUAAAGCUGACGAAAUCCCUGAUUUGCCAUCCAGUGAUGAUUUACAGUUAGAAGGGCUUUCAUCAAAUUCUUCCAGAGGGCAUGUGAAACAAAUUUCAUUAUUAGAUGAGGCUGAGGAAAGCGAGGAAGAAAAGAUGGCAAAGGCGGGGAAAAAGGUAGAAAAGCAGAAAGAGAAGGAAGAUUUAGAACAUUUUAUAAAAGGCUCACAUCAAUAUAUUGAAGAUUUUGAAGAUUGCUCAGAAGAAAGCAGUGUAAACAUCAUCGAUAAUCGAAGGGCGAUUUUGGGAGAAAGAGGGAGGGUCGCUGAUUUUUAUGAAGAUUUCAGGGACUCUGAUCGCUCAGCAUCAGCUGUAAGUAUAUAA